CUCUCUUUUUUUGUGUGCGCGCGUGCAAGGCGCAAUAAAGUGUAAUAACAUCAGAAGCAGCUCGCUCACAUAAUCUGUGGAGAAAGGUGGCGUGAAACGGGCUCGAAACGGCAGCAUUGUCUAUGUGCGGCGCAGAGAACAGUGUUUGCCGUUGAAAUUAGUCCCGCUGGCGGAGUAAUAUUGUUAGUUAUUUACAGUGCGGUUUAUCGCACGCGCUCAUGGUACACAAGAUCGCGAGAAGAGUUGAAUUAUUAUCGCUCGCAAAUUACACACCACCGCAUCAUCGGUCUCUAUCCAACCCCGAUUUCUCAAAGUGACUAAAGGGAUAUUGCGAUUAACAGUCGUGCAGAUAAACUUCCCUCCUGAGGCAGAUUGAGCUUGCUUCACCACAUCCAAUGGUUCCGCCCCUUUGUUCCUGUUUCUGAAUUCUGAUUGGAACAAUGGAAUGUCAAUCUCUCACAAAGUGACUGGCAGGAGAUUCCAGUGGUCCAGCCCUUUGGAUGCUGAGAAUUCAGAACGGUCAGGGGGGUUAAACUCAGCGCUGGAAUUGAAGACGGCCUCAAAUAAGCAAGUCCUUGGAGAAGAAUAGAACAAUCCUAAACAGCUCAUAUGCAGACUGGAGCAAACCAAUGCACUGAAGAAGGGACAGUCAUACGGUUUUUAAGUCAUGAUGCAAGAGUCAGGGACAGAGGCGACAAGUAAUGGAGCAGCCAAUCAGAACGGCGUCCCAUCUUGUGUGGAGGGACACCGAGAAGUUCGAUCCAAGAGCGCCACACCCUCCUCUGACAUUACAGUGUCUGACCUUGUGACCUUCCAGCAACAGCAGGCCUUACAAGUUGCACGGCAGAUUCUUCUCCAACAACAACAGCAAAGUAGCACCCACAAGUCCCCCAGAAACAACGACAAGCAGUCUGUGUCGCAGGUGCCAGUAUCUGUUGCUAUGAUGACGCCACAGGUCAUAACUCCUCAGCAAAUGCAGCAAAUCCUCCAACACCAAGUUUUGAGCCCCCAGCAGCUCCAACUGUUACUGCAGCAACAACAAGCACUGAUGUUACAGCAGCAGCAACUCCAGGAGUUCUAUAAGAAACAGCAAGAACAACUCCACCUUCAGCUCAUCCAACAGCAGCAUGGCACCAAGCAGCAGAGUAAAGAGGUGUCUGCGCAGCAGUUGGCGUUCCAGCAGCAGCUCCUCCAGGUUCAGCAGCUACAGCAACAACAUCUUCUGAGUCUGCAAAGACAAGGGCUGUUGUCCAUCCAGCCCAACCAGACUCUGCCUCUCCAUUCCCUCACUCAGGGCAUGAUUCCAGCUGAACUCCAGCAGCUGUGGAAAGAGGUGACAAACUGUCAUGUGAAGGAGGAGAACAGCGGGACCAAUAACGGUCACCGGGGUCUGGACCUGUCCUCCCCCUCCCCCAUUCCCCCCAAAACCCUCAACCAGCAUGGAUCCACCAAUGGCCAGUACAUCAGCCAUUCUCUGAAAAGAGAGAGUUCAACAUUAGAAGAUCAUUCCUCUCACAGUCACCCGCUCUAUGGUCACGGUGUCUGCAAAUGGCCAGGAUGUGAAGCCGUGUUUGAAGACUUUCAUUCAUUCCUGAAACAUCUGAAUAAUGAACAUGCGUUGGAUGACAGGAGUACGGCGCAGUGUCGGGUACAGAUGCAAGUAGUUCAGCAGCUGGAACUGCAGUUAGCGAAAGACAAAGAGCGUCUCCAAGCCAUGAUGACUCAUCUGCAUGUGAAGUCUACAGAGCCCAAACCCACUCCACAGCCACUGAACCUGGUGUCCAACGUUACCUUGUCCAAGACGGCUCCUGAGGCCUCUCCGCCCCUCAGUCUACCCCAGACACCCACCACCCCGACAGCCCCCCUCACACCACUUUCCCAAACCCACUCUGUUAUCACCCCCACCAGCCUGCACAGUGUGGGACCCAUGCGGCGACGCUACUCGGACAAGUACAACAUGCCUAUAUCUCCAGAUAUUGUACAGAACAAAGAGUUCUAUAUGAAUGCAGAAGUACGACCUCCUUUCACAUAUGCUUCAUUAAUACGACAGGCAAUACUAGAGUCGCCAGAAAAGCAGCUAACACUAAACGAGAUCUACAACUGGUUCACGCGAAUGUUUGCUUAUUUCAGACGCAAUGCAGCAACGUGGAAGAAUGCAGUGCGGCAUAAUCUUAGUCUUCACAAGUGUUUUGUGCGGGUAGAGAACGUUAAAGGGGCGGUAUGGACUGUCGACGAGCUAGAGUUCCAAAAGAGAAGGCCGCAAAAAAUCAGCGGAAGUCCAGCUCUAGUAAAGAACAUCCAUACCACUUUAGGAUAUGGUCCCGCCCUUUCUGCAGCGUUCCAGGCAUCAAUGGCAGAGAACAACAUACCUCUAUACACUACCGCUUCCAUCGGAAGUCCCACUCUUAACUCGCUUGCCAGCGUUAUCCGAGAGGAAAUGAAUGGAGCCAUGGACCACAGCAACAGCAACGGUAGUGACAGCAGCCCUGGACGCUCGCCCCUGCCAGCUAUGCAUCAUAUCAGCAUAAAAGAGGAGCCACUGGACCCGGAAGAACACGGAGGUCCCCUUUCCCUUGUGAUGACAGUCAAUCACAGUCCAGACUUUGACCACAACAGAGAUUACGAGGACGACCAUGUGAACGAUGACAUGCUGUAAGCCUGGUUUCUCCCAGGUCUGCUGCCAAAAAGGCUAAACUAACUGCGGUCACCUGCGAGACCACUCCAGAUAGAGCAAGCCCAAGACUGGAUUCACAAUCCUCUUGUUGACAGCUAUUAAAAUGUUCCUAAUUAACUCUUUAGUGCCAUUAAAUACAAAACAAAAUACCAGAUAAGAAAAAUCUAUUCCAUUUGGAAGUAUUUUUGAUUUGUUUCUACUUUUCAGUUAAAAGACAUGCAUAAAUUUCUACUCAUCACUUGAUGAAGAGACAUUUGGUACUGGGGGCCUGCUUCUACUUCCUUUUGGCAAAGUGUCACUGAGACCAGAGUGGACAUGAAAACACAGCUGAGAAAGACUGGCUCUUCGCCCUCUGAGUCGAAUAAACACUGAUCACGGACUGCAGAGCACACACACACACACACGCACACACAAAUCAUUGACGCUUUAAUGAGCGUGCCAUUCACACGGUGUGUACGUAUGUGAAUUUAUUCAUUGUCUCAGCCUUCAGAUCUUCUUAAGUUCACUUCCAUUGCAGCUGGGAGAUAUCUGGUGUUUUUGAGGGUUCCUGGGCAAAUAAUUUAAACGUUCUGUCCACUCAUUACUCUGUGCUGUUAGCUAUAUAUUCUUUUUGUUGGGUUUGUUUGUUUUGGUAACUGAUCAGACCUCAUGAUUAAUGACGUGGAGUGUGCUUAGCACUGGAUGAAUGUGUAACGGUUCUUUUCAUGCUGUUUUUUCUUCUAGAAUUCUUUUCCUUUCAAAAUUCAAACAAAAUGUUGCAUUACCGUGUAGUAUUUUUCUGUCAUUUGUUCCUUCGCAAUUUCUGCAGUGGCAUUUCCCUUGCAUGCAAACUCUCACACACUUAAACUCAUGCUCUUUCCCGUUCAUGAAGUCCGUCUGCAAAUGCACUACUCGAAAUGAAGGCUCCCUCUCCACGCACCAAUGAAGUUUAAUUUACACUUGGAAUAAAUGACAGAGAAAUCAGCGCAGGUUAAUGUUUAUCGCUAUGAAAUUAUACUUUCAAAAAUCCCCUUUCGUGGUGAUGCAGGUUAGCGUCAACCAAAUCGCUGAUCGAAACCAUCAUCUGUAUUAAAUUUUAAAAAAUGGAAUGUCAUAAUGGAAAUAAGCACCAGAGAGAUAAUUGUUUGACAAAAGCUAAUUGUGAUCCCUUAACGGUAUUGGCGGCAACUUUGUUUUUGUUUCUUUUCCAUUCUAUAAUUUCAAAGACUAACUGGAUGACUUAACUGCAUUCCCUGUCAUUUCAGUAUCUGUUUCACCACAUCAAUGACCAGCUCACCCUCUAUGUUAUUAGACAUUAUUAAUAAUUACACAUGAGAUAAAAAGUUAAAGGGAUUAUAAACCAAGGCUGAUAUUACAGCCAUGACCACUGAGCAUUACAGCACUGGGGCAGCCCACUAUGACCAUCCACUUCUUGCCAAAUCACCGGAUGUUUUCAGGCCAGUUGAACUGGUAAUGCAACUCAGAAUUGGAAACUGCUGCCUGCUAGUUUAGAAGACUGGCUCAAUGUUGGGACUGCACAAUGAUGAGAAAAGACUUUAGAUUAGACUUACAAAUCUGACAGAAUGUUUUUUUUUUUUUUUUUUUUUUUUUUUUUGUAAAGUCUGCAACCAACCACUUUCUUUGUUAUUUAUUAUCCUUUUUUUUUAAUGUCAUUUAAAGUUGAUAUGUCUCUUAUCUGUGACUACCAAAGAUACAAGAUACUGCAAGUUGAUAUAUUCUAUGUUCCAUGCAAUAGCUAAACAAAAAGGCCAAAUAUGCUCAGUGUUCCCCACCAUGGCUGGCUAGACGUGAAAAUUAUGAAAUGUCUCAAACUGUUUCGGGCUUAUAGUGAAGAAAAAAAGCCAAAGGGUUUGUUCGAUGGGCAGCUGUAUGUCUUUGCCUAUGACCAAAAUAGGAGAGGAGAGACCAACACAUGACCAAAUCAAUGUUGUCUCUGGGCCAAUGAAAAUGAAAAAAGGGAGUGUUCUAUCAGGAAAUGAUGGCUAUAAAGGAGAAGGAUAUGGAUGAAAGAGUUUAGAACUGUGUUCACUAUCGUCACAGGAAAUUUAAAUCUUGGAGGGGGAAACAUUUGCAUAACACAAUGUGAACUGAACAUCAAACUGGACCACACAAUGAUGAGUUUUAUUUGUUCUCAUACUUUAGGAAUUUUUUUUUUUGUUUUGUUUUUUUUGGCCAUUUUAUUCUUUGAAAAGAUUGUAUGCCACUUAUCUUGUAAAAUCCUAAACAAGAUUCCUGAUGUCCUUUGUUAACCUUGGCAAUGCUCUAUGAUUGUGUUUUAGUGUCUGUCAACUUAUUACUUUUUAUAUUAAAAAACACUCCUGUCAAACAAUAA